AUGCCUUGCUUCAGAGGCAUCGCCGUUAGCAUCCAUGCUAACGGCGCUCCGCUCCCCGAACACGGCAUCCAGAAGCAGUCCCGGGUCUCGCGUAUCAACAGCUACAUUCCCGUGCCGCAGCCGCAGCUCUCGCCCGACUCGAACAAGCCGGAGGCGGCCAAGUUUGCCAUCUCCAUCACCCUCCUCACGCCGAGCCUGCCCAUACCAUACUCGACGCCCAAGCCGACCGAGGCGAAUCCGUACCCGCGGCCGCAGCUAGUCGGUGAGCUGCCGCCGGCCCAGGAAGAGGGCCGCGUCAAUGGCAUUGUCGCACCCUACAUUCCGAUGACGAACUCGGAGAACGAGACGAUCGCGGCCUACAUCUAUUUUGACGGCCGCGCCAAGGAGGAGGUGGCCACGCUACUACGCCCGGGCGAGGAGACGUGGGUGAACAGCCGGUGGGUGCAGGUGCCCGAGUCCGAGGGCGGCGGCCUGGCCGAGCGCGAGUUUCUCUUCCGCGAGGUCGGCCUGGAGCGUUGGCUCAACGGGCUCGAUCUCGAGGGCCACGACGCCGCCAAGAAGCUGGAGAAGCGGAGGCAGCGUUUUGAGCGCCGCCGCAAGCGCCAGGAAGACCAGCGCAACGGCACCGCCGACGCCACCGGCACCCACCGCAUUACCAGCGGCACCGGCCUCCACCAGUCGACCUUCCGCUAUGGUGGCGCUGAUGCGCUCGAUCCCGUCGACCUCUCGGACUGCGCCUCGGACGACUCGCCCUCGGACGACGAGCAGCCCGAAGCCACCGGCCAGAUCAAGGUCGCCAUGUUCCGCGUGCUCGCCUCGGGCGAGAUCAAGAAGGGCGAAUACUCGCCCCAGUUCGAUGCCCACGACGACGACGACGAUGCCGAGGGCGCCGCAAAAUCGGGCGGUGCCGCCGUCGAGUCCGAUGUCGAGCAUACGACCAGCUUUGCCAAGCCUAAGAGCCUUGAUCCUAAGACUAUCUCGACGCAGACCGUCACCGGCAUCGACGGGCCAGACCGGCCCUAUGCCACCUUUACCUUUUUCUACCGCGGCGAGCGCCAACUACAAAAGAUGGGCGUCAUACCAUCAGCCAAGGGCCAACAGACAGCGUCGACAACCAGUAACAAGCGCCGGUCUACGCAGCUCGACUUCACUGGCAUCGGAUCGCUCAAGACCGGCGGCACCGUGAACUUCUCAGCCUUCCGGGACCAGGAAGCGGAAACGGCUCGGCGGAAGAUCAAACACAAGAAGAACAGGAGCAGCAUCGGGGCCAUGACGAUGGAUGAAGACAGCGACGAUGACGACGAUGACGACGACAAAAUCAUAACGAUCUCGGGUGCGGAUGACAAGGAUGACAAGGACGACAAGGACUUUAUCAAAGCAUCAGACCGGUUGGGGCCCGACGACGCCAAGUUCACGGGUGAGCUUGCGGACGGUGUCAACCGCAUUCAGCUUAAGCGACGGCACUCCGCCGAGCCGGACGCCUCACCAAGCGAUUUCCGCAAGUCACCGAGCACCGGCGAUCAGACGCCCGAUCUGAAUGCGGCCGGCACAGCAGGAGCAGCACCAGGGGGGGUGUCAGGACUGGGAGCAGCAUUGGCAGCAGCAGCCGGCAUCAGCGCCGGCAUGUCGAUGGCCGCGCCAGGCGCAGCAUCGAGUGCAACUGCCGCCGCGUCGGGUGCAUUAGGGACGUCGGUGCUGUUUGGCAAGAGCCUGCCAGACGACUCGAUCAUCGGCAGUCCACUGAAGAGGCACCGGGCCAGCCUGGCCGAGGGACUCGAAGGCGAGCAGCGGUCCGGGCUCGGUUCUUCCUUUCCACCGGCAUUGGGCGACAUACUCGCAAAGGCAGAGGCUGCGCAGAAGCAGCAGAGCCAAACAUCAUUAGCACCAGCAGUCAAGGAAGAGGACGAGGAGCUCUGA